UUCUAAUCAAAGAAGUCCUGUCUUGGAGAUUUUUUAAACUUACAGUUUGCUCUACACCUAGGUUGUAUAUUGUAUUACCACCUAGGUAGGUACUAUAGCAGAGGAGGCGAAAUUGUCAUACACUUCUUUUUUCUUUAUUAAUUCUCUCUUUCUCAUCUCUUUGCGUAUUUUAUCACAUGUAUCAUGGGGAGUUUUCAACAUGUACAACCCGCCACAAACUAAAGUUUAUUAACCCAACCAUAUGGAUGAAUGGCGGUCGUCCACACACAAGCAAAGUAUGGAGCCAACUCCCAGCAGCAGUCUUUCCGAACAGGUGAAAUCCCUGUUAGGUAACAGGCAAUAAAAAUGGAUUUUCGGGUAUCCUUAGGGAUACUGUUGUUAGGAUUUGGAGUAAAUUCCUCAUCAACGCCUGUAACCUUAUCCGAUAAUGACAUUGAGAAAGGAACUUCCGAGUGCAGCCCACUCGUAAUAGCACAUCGUGGGGCAAGCGGUUAUAUUCCCGAACACACUCUCGGCGCAUACACCCUUGCACUUACAAUGGGUGCAGACUACAUCGAACCAGAUCUCGUGAUGACUAAGGACGGAUAUUUAAUAAUUCGGCACGACAACGAAUUGGGAUUAACCACAGAUAUCUCACAACAUCCAGAGUUUGCUGACCGUCGCCGAAAGAAAACUGUUGACGGAAUUGAAUUAACCGGUUGGUUCACUGAAGAUUUCAAUUUAUCGGAAAUAAAAAUUUUACGCGCAAUCGAACGCAUACCGACUAUAAGACCAGGCAAUGCCAGAAUGAAUAACUCAUUUUCUGUGAUGACCUUCCAAGAGAUUAUAGACCUAGCCAAGAACUUUCAACAUGUGCAAAAACGUGUUAUUGGCAUUUACCCAGAAAUUAAACAUAGCACGCACUUCCGACGCCUGGGUUUGCCCAUGGAGCAAUUAGUAGUAGACACGCUUCAUCAAAAUGGAUAUAUUGGAUCUAAUGCACCAAUUUACAUACAAUCCUUUGAAGUAAAUAAUCUUAAAGAGCUUAAAAAUAUCACAGAUUUACGACUGCUGCAAUUGUUCGAUAACAAAUCUACUCAACCAUUUGAUCAACGAGAGCUUGGAACUGGUCUAACCUAUGGUGAUAUGGCAACAUUGGAAGGAUUAAAAGAAGUUGCUAAAUAUGCAUAUGCAGUAGGUCCGGACAAAAGUUAUAUUAUUCCAAGAGAUUCUAAUAAUAGACUAGGUAAAGCGACCGCUUUUGUGAAGGACGCUCAUAGCGUUGGAUUAAAAGUGCACCCCCAUACUUUUCGGGCAGAAAAUUUUUUUCUUCCUGCUAAUUUUCAAAGUGUUAACAGUGACGAAAAUGCUAUUGGAGACUUAAAAAGUGAAAUAGAAACAUAUCUUGCAACCGGAAUCGAUGGACUCUUCUCUGAUCAUCCAGAUAUACCUGUUCGUAUUCGAAGCACUUGUGUAAAAUAGUCUAGGUCUAAAACAAGUAAAUAGAUAGAUAAUUAAUUACUUGGAGGUACCUGAAAGUUUAAAAAAUUAAGCGCUUAUGUCAAAAGUUAUACUUAAAUAUGUAAUAAGCUCCUAUAAAUUACAUACUUAGAUAUUUUUAUUUAUUUAUUCAUUAGUAGAAAUAUGUUUACAUGGUGGACUUAAUGCUAAAAGCAUUCUCUCCCAGUCAACCAUAGGGAAUUGUCAGAAUACUCGAAUGCGGUACUAGUAAUUAUUGAUAUACAUACAUACUAAAAUUACAUAUAUAAAC